CCUUUAUGACUAUGGGAAGGGAAUAUAUCAAGUCAAUAUUUUACAUCCAUUUUUUUCUUCAUUCUAGUCUGCAUACCUGAUUCUCAUUGCAGUAAUGCUUGUUGCACGAACCUACUGUGAUGUCUGGAUGAUUCAAAAUGGAACCAUGAUUGAAAGUGCAAUUAUUGGUCGGAGCACCAAAGAUUUCAAGAAAUACUUAUUCAACUUCGUUGCUGCAAUGCCAGCUAUAUCUCUGGUAAAUAAUUUUCUGAAGUUUGGUUUGAAUCAACUAAAACUUCGAUUCAGAGUACGACUCACCACCUACCUGUAUGGGGAGUAUUUAAAAGGCUAUACAUACUAUAAAAUGGGUAAUCUUGACAAUAGAAUAGCAAAUGCGGACCAACUAUUAACUCAAGAUGUGGAGAAGUUCUGCAACAGUGUGGUGGACUUGUAUUCAAAUCUCAGUAAGCCUCUUUUGGAUAUAUUUCUGUAUAUAUUUAAACUAACAAGUGCAAUAGGUGCUCAGGGUCCUGCAAGCAUGAUGGCUUACCUGAUUGUUUCAGGUUUGCUUCUGACUCGACUUAGAAGACCAAUUGGUAAAAUGACAAUGACAGAGCAAAGAUAUGAAGGCGAAUACAGAUAUGUCAACUCACGGCUUAUUACAAAUAGUGAAGAAAUUGCUUUUUAUCAUGGGAACAGUCGAGAGAAACAGACUAUACAUACCACGUUUAAAAGGCUGGUCGAUCACCUGCACAAUUUCAUUGUUUUCCGCUUCACUAUGGGAUUUGUGGACAGUAUAAUUGCCAAAUAUCUUGCUACUGUUGUUGGUUAUCUGGUUGUAAGCCGACCUUUCUUGAACCUUUCUCACCCUCGCCAUCUGCAAAGUAAUCACGCUGAACUGUUGGAGGACUACUAUCAAAGUGGUCGUAUGUUACUGAGAAUGUCUCAGGCACUUGGUAGAAUUGUGCUGGCUGGACGUGAGAUGACGAGAUUGUCUGGCUUCACAGCUCGAAUCACUGAAUUAAUGCAAGUUUUGAAAGAAUUAAAUAGUGGAAAAUAUGAACGCACAAUGGUUUCCCAUCAAGAUAAGGGUUCCAAAAGUCAACCUUUAAUACCUGGGAGUGGGGAAAUCAUUAUUAUGGAUCAUGUUAUCAAAUUUGAACAUGUGCCAUUGGUGACACCGAAUGGGGAUGUUUUGAUUCCAGACCUCUCUUUUGAGGUGAAGUCGGGAGCAAAUGUCCUGGUCUGUGGUCCGAAUGGAUGUGGGAAGAGCUCACUUUUCCGCUGUUUAGGAGAGUUAUGGCCCCUAUUUGGAGGACGUUUGACAAAACCAGAUAGAGGGAAGCUGUUUUAUGUACCACAGCGACCAUAUAUGACCUUAGGAACACUGAGAGAUCAGGUGAUCUACCCAGAUACACUGGAAGAUCAAAGGAGGAAAGGCAUAUCUGAUCAGGUACUGAAAGAGUAUCUUGAUAACGUCCAGCUUGGCCAUAUUCUGGAGCGUGAGGGAGGCUGGGAUUGCAUUCAGGACUGGAUGGAUGUACUCAGUGGAGGGGAGAAACAACGGAUGGCUAUGGCUCGAUUAUUCUACCACAAACCACAAUUUGCUAUUUUAGAUGAAUGUACCAGCGCAGUUAGCGUGGAUGUUGAAGGCUAUAUAUACAGUCAUUGCAGAAAGGUUGGCAUCACUUUGUUCACUGUGUCACACAGAAAGUCUCUCUGGACUCACCAUGAGUACUACCUGCACAUGGAUGGCAGAGGCAAUUAUGAAUUUAAGCCAAUUACUGCAGACACAGUGGAAUUUGGUUCUUAAACUCCAUCUGCCAAUUUGAUUAUGGCAGGAGCGGACUGAAUUGCAGAAUAAAUCUGUUCAAUAUGCAUUCUCUUGUGCACUAACUUAGUGCUUCAACUUGUAAUUAAUGUCAGUUUUAAAAAGUGUUGUAAAAACUGAAUGAUUACACUAUUAAUUUGUAGUCUUGUUGAGAGUUGUAUAUUUGGAAAUAUUAAUAUGGAGACUCACAUCUAUUAAAAUCCAUCUAGGAAAUGUUUGAAUUAAUAUCUUUAAUUAAGAUAAAUUAAAAUGUUUUAUGUACAGUACAAAUGAAGUAAUCUAGGAAUGCACUACUUAAUGGCAUGUUCAUGAUAUGCAAUAAUUUGAUAUCUACAAGUCAUUUCCUAAUGUUUUACAGAAAAAAAUAAACUGAAAACUUAAUGUG